AUGGACGUGAGCCACGACGACGGCUUAUCGCCUGGCGAACCAUUGCGCCUUCAGCUCCUUAGCGAUGGCCUCCUGGACAUGGCAGAGGCCCAGCGAGUUUCGCACGCUCACACGCACCGCCUCAGAGAUGCCAAUGUCGAGUUGCCCCCAUCUUGCACACGCGGCCAGCUUAGCAUGGAACCCGAGGCCGUCGACGGGGACGCGUACGACGAAGCUCGGGCCACGAUGCUGGCGGUGGAAAAAGGGCUCGCGUUUGAUUCCCGCUGUCGCACCAGGGCAACGGCCUUGGAGGCGAAGGCGAAUAGUAUUCUGCGAGCGCUUAGAAAACGGGACGAGGUUGAUAUCUACGGCGCGGCGGAGUACCGACUGGGCCAUGACGGGCAGACGCAUCGACGCUUCGCCGGCGACCGCUUCCUAUCCAACCUCGACCUCAUCCAAGAGACGGCCCUCUUCAGGGUGGCCCGUCACCUGCCCAAGGGCGCACACCUCCACAUCCACUACAACGCAUGCUUGCCGGCCGCGGUGCUGCUCGACUUGGCCAAGACGAUGGAUCGCAUGUUCGUCACGAGCGACCUGCCUCUUGUCUCGAGCGACGGCUACGCGAACUUUGACAAGUGCGAGAUUCAGUUUUCCCUACUGAGCCCCGACAAGGAGCGUCCCGGCAACGUCUUCUCGGCCGAGUACGAGCCGCGGCGGACCAUGGCCUUGGCCGACUUCCUGCGAUUGUUCCCGGACCACUAUCGACGAGCGACGGCGGAUCAAUGGCUGGCGGCGAAGCUCGUCUUCCACGAGGACGAGACGUACAACGCCCUCCAGACCGCCGAAGGGGCGUGGGUCAAGUUUGACGGCCGAACGAGGAUGAUGAAGGGCCUCUUCAACUACGAGACGGCCUUUCGGACGUACACGCGACGCUUCCUCGAGGACCUGGCGCGGGACGGGAUUUCGUACGCCGAGAUUCGGCCCAAUUUCAUGGCGAGCAACCAGCUCUACCGCGACGACGGCUCGGGGCCCAUGGACAACCGGGCCAUGAUGCAGCUCGUCGUCGACGAAGCCAGCGACUUCCGACGCCGCUCGAGCCUGGCCGGCCGCUUCUUCGGCGGCAUCAAGGUCAUCUACUGCACCCCACGCGUGUUUUCUCCCGAGCAGAUUGCCGACGCUCUCGACGAAUGCCUCGAGUUCAAGAAGCUAUGGCCCGAGUGGAUCGCAGGCAAGUUGGCGGCCGCGCCGUCUUGCUUCGACAUGGUGGGUCAGGAAUCCAAGGGGAAACCGUUGAAGGCCUUUGCCAAGGAGCUCCUGGCGUUCAAGAAACGGUGCGCCACCUCUGGGGUGGACAUACCCUUCCUCUUCCACUGCGGCGAGACGCUCGAGGUGGGCACCGACACAGACGAGAACCUUGUGGACGCGCUGCUGCUGGGCUCCAAGCGCAUCGGUCACGGCUUCGCCCUCGGCCGCCAUCCCUUGCUGAUGCAGCGGAUCAAGGCCUGGGGCAUCUGCCUCGAGCUGUGCCCGAUCUCGAACGAGGUGCUGGGCCUGACGGCGCGCGUCGGCGGCCAUGCCAUGUACGCGCUGCUCGCCAACAACGUGCACUGCACCGUCAACUCGGACAACGGCACCCUGUUCCGGUCAACGCUGUCGCACGACUUUUACCAGAUUAUGGUUGGCAGCGCCGAUAUGGACCUAUUUGGAUGGAAGCAGCUCGCGCUGUGGAGCAUGGACCACGCCUGUCUCGGCGAUGCGGAGAAGACGGCCGUGUUGGCCGACUGGCAGGAACGGUGGGAGGCGUUCUUGAGGUGGAUGAUGGGCGAGUACGGCGAUGCUGUCGGUUACCAGGCUCCGCUAUAG